AUGUCCAAAGCAUUCGACAAAGUCCGCCACACACCGCUUAUUGUCGAUCUGUUUGACGUCGGUGUGUGCGGAUCGGCCCUCACCUGGUUUGCCAGCUACCUAACUGUGCGAAGUCUGCAGGCAACGGAGACUGCUGUGUCACCAACCUACACAGGCUUGGGGCCUUGUCCUCAACCCUACCAAAAGCCGUGCUGUGACCUUUCUUCCUCGCCGACAGGUGGACAACCCUCUCGUAACUGUCCAGUGUCGUGGAGUAGCCGUUCUACAACAUACCUCGGUGUUGUACUUGAUAGUAAGCUUUCAUGGGACGCUCAAGUCGACCGAAUUGUCAGCAAAACUACCCGUAAGAUUGGUGCGCUGUGGCGAGCCCGUCGCUCCCUAUCCCGAUCUGCACGGCGUCUCUUCGUCCAGGCUGUUGUCAUCCCUGACAUAGUCUAUGGCAGUAAUGCCUUCUUCCCCGCGCUCCUUGGUCGCCAGCUUGAUCGCCUGGGUCUGCUACAGAACAGGGCUAUCCGAGCUAUCGACGGCCACCCACCCUACACCACCGUGCAUCCCCUACUGGUGCAGCACUGGAUAGGCGAACUCAGCAAGCGCAAGAUACUAGUGUUGGUCUGGAGGUGCCUUCACGGGAAAUCUAGUGCCACGUUGUCUGUACUGUUCGUCAGAUCUGCUGGGCAGGAGAACCCGUCAUCAGAGGUCCAGUGGUCUGCUCAGUCAGCCAUCCUCCGCUCGCUCUGGCGCUUCUCGGCCGUCCGUCGCAGGAUCUGCACUCUGGAACCUGCUGCCGGAUGA